AUGGGACUCGAACAGCAAUCCGAUGUGCUAGGAAAAUGGUACUAUGCGGCGGAGCGCACGUCGGACAACGGUGACAGCCUGAUCCACUUAUGCGAACAGACGGGCCUCAUCAUAGCUUCCACGUUUAAGAGGAAUCAUCGACAACAUCAGCUCACGUGGCAGGGGUCAACCCUUUUAACGCCUGAAGAGCAGCGCAAGUGGAAGAUGAGCACUCUUAAACUUCAGCUGGACUACGUUCUGGCGAAGAACAUUCCUCAGUUAGAUAUCCGAAAAUCUAGAGCUGUUUGGGACAUCGCGUUCGACUCUGACCACCUUCCAGUUCUUCUCAGCUUCAAGAUACGGUUCCACAAGAGAAACCGAGGAGUUCCUCUUCAACCAAAAAUCGACUGGCAGGUCUGA